CAGGGACCUUCCUGUCCAGCCCCCCCGGAGCCCGAGUCCUGGCCCGGGUGUGCGCAGGGCCGAGUCCCCGCUCGGGGAACAGCAGCAGGGGCAGGAAAUCGCUGCCCGGAGGGGACCGGAGCGGAGCCGAGCCCAGCCCGGUUCUCCCCCGCGAUCUCGGUGCCCCGAAGGGUCCCCGGCCUGGAUCCGCCUCCCCCGCAGCAGAGAGCGGGGCCGGCGGGGCCAAAGCCCGGGCGCGUUCUCUGCCCCGGCCCCGGGGGGAGAUUUCUCCAAGCGGGAUCCCCCGGCCCGGCCGCGAUCCCCCGCAUGGAGCCAGGGGAAGAGCCGAGGGUCCCGGAUCUCCAGGGCUCCCCGGGAAGGGAGCUCCCCAGAGGCGCCCGCACAGGUGCCAGGAAGGAGGAGGAGAAUCCCCAGCAGGAACCACACAGGCCGUCGCAGAGCCCCGAGCAGGGAGAGGCCAACAGGGUGGGACGGCAGAGGGGAGACCUCCGAGAGGUGGAAAAUGGAUUUGGGCUUCUCAAUAGCAUGUCUGUCCCCCAGAGACUGACCAUCUGUGGGCAAUGUGGGAAGAGCUUUAGCCAGUAUUCAGAUCUUAUUAAGCACCAGCGGAUCCACACGGGGGAGAGACCCUACAGCUGCUCCCAGUGCGGGAAGAGCUUCAGCCAGAGCUCCCACCUCACCAAGCAUCAGCGGAUCCACACCGGUGAGAGGCCCUACAAAUGCCCUGACUGCGGGAAGGGCUUCAACGACAGCUCCUACCUCCUGCAGCACCGCCGCACCCACACGGGCGAGCGGCCUUACGAAUGCCUGGACUGUGGGAAAAGCUUCAGCGACAAGUCAGGCCUUACCCGCCACCAGAAGGUGCAUCACGGUGAGAGACCCUACAAAUGCCCUGACUGCGGGAAGAGCUUCAGCGACAGCUCCUACCUCAUCCAGCACCAGCGCAUCCACACGGGCGAGCGGCCCUACAAAUGCACCGAGUGCGGGAAGAGCUUCAGCCGGAACUCGCACCUGGUUCAGCACCAGCGGGUGCACACGGGGGAACGCCCCUACAAGUGCGCUGAUUGCGGGAUGAGCUUCAGCCACAGCUCCACCCUGAUUGGGCACCAGAGGACCCACCGUGGCGAUAAGCCCUACAAAUGCCCCCAGUGCAGGAAAAGCUUCCGGCACAAGUCAACCCUGGUGAAGCACCAGCGGACCCACACCGGGGAGCGGCCCUACAGCUGCCCCAAGUGUGGGAAGAGCUUCAGCUGGGGCUCGGCUUUCAUCAAGCACCAGCGCACCCACACGGGGGAGCGACCCUACCAAUGCACCCAGUGUGGGAAGGGCUUUGGGGACAGCUCGGCCCUGAUCCAGCACCAGCGCAUUCACACCGGGGAGCGGCCCUACAAGUGCUCCGAGUGUGGGAAGGGCUUUGGUGACAGCUCCACCCUGAAUCAGCACCAGCGCACCCAUUCGGCAGAGAAACCCUACAAAUGCCCAGAGUGUGGGAGGAGCUUCAUCCUCAGCUCCCACCUUGUCCGGCACCAAAGGGUCCAUGUGGCCUAGAGUCCCCAUGUGAGGACAGUUCUGUUCAUUGUUCACAUCUCUUUAGGGAUCUUAGAAACCAGGCUUCCUUAGAGACCAGAAACCAGGCCUCUUUAGGGACCAGGCCUCCUUAGACACCAAGGACCUUGGAGACCUAGGACAAGGCCUCCUUAGAAGCCAGAGACCAGGCCUCUUUAGGGACCAGGCCUCCUUAGAAACCAAGGACCUUAGAGACCAGAGACCUGACAUAGUUUUUCCCCUGGGGCAAGGCACAGCCCAUUGCGAUAUGGAUGCAGCGUGUGUAUGGGGGGAAGGUGGGACGGGAAUGACUGAGGGGCCCCUGGGUGGAAAUUAGUUGAAGUGAGGAAGGAAGUGAACGUGGGGGUCCCUUCUGGCCCAGUCAAGAUGGGGCUAUUAGAAAUGCUUAGAGGCCACACGGCAGGGUUCUCACCCUGGGAUUGCUUCCCCAGAAAGGGGGUCGUGGUAACCCUACCCCUUCCUUGUUGCUAAGGGGGGGGGGGUUCCCGGCUAUAAGGCAGUGGGAUCCUGGUAGGGAAAAGGUGAGAAUCCCCAUAAUAGUGAGGGAGUGAUCUCUGAAGGACUUGGGGGCUUUUGUCUGUGCCCGCUCCUAGGUAGGGUUGGGGGGGACCUGUUCCUUCGUUCCCCUGGAACUCCACAGCUCUGGGCCUCACUCUCUGCUCCUUCCCCUCUCCCAGGGGCUGGGUGGGGGUAUAGAGAGCCAUGGGGAGGGGUGCGUGAGACUGCUGGAAACUGGAGGAGGCUGAACAGACGUGUGCUCCCAUAUGGCUGGGCGGGAGGGGAGGGAGUGCCUGAUCUCCUUCUCCCUGGUGGCAUCUCCAGUGCCUGGCUCCUCUUUCCACAGAGUCCACUGGCACCUGGAGAACAUCCGUUCCUGUGCUUGGUGCAGCUGGCAUCCAGCCAGCCCCACCCUUGGCUCUCAGUUCCCAUCAGGCCCCUGGAUCCCACCCUCCUGCUGUUUUUGGUGAUGAUCCAGUCUCCUGUGGUGUUAGUCAAUUGUAUCUGUAGGAAAUAAACUUCCCCACCGGGA